ACAGCAAUAACAACAAGUGCGCUCAGCAUGUUACCCAUGCCUUUGAUGUCAUCGGCGGCCAAAAGCUUGUCUUUUACCCUCCAGGUUUCCCAAUACAACAUCCUUGCCGCCAACUUGGCCAACAAUCUUCGGAAGUACCUGCGCUUGUUCGAUCACGAGCCCACCAAUCCAUACCGCAUCGACGUCUUGACUCAUGCGGAUGCAGCGAAGGAUGUGCAUACGGAAGGUCCAGCAGUUGCGCUCAAGUGCCUGUUGGAGACGGCUACGUUCGAUUUUUUUCAUCGCAACAUCAACAAUAAUACUCAGGGGAACACAUAUUUGGCCCAUUAUCUUUUUGAUCGGAAGAAUCCGGACUUUCAAGUCGUGGAGCACGCUUUGCUUUUUCCGCUGGGGUACAGUCUUUCUCUGGACGAUUGGAAAGAAGCCGAAGGCCUCAGGAAAGACAUAGACGAGACCCUGGCAGGCUCGGUGGACCGCGCCGCGGCGAUCGACCGUUUUAAUGUGUGGUUACGUCGGGUCCUCGUACUACGCCGGCGGCAUAGUCACCACAAGGGGGUUCUGGAGCAUUUCGAACUGUCGGACGGCCGGAUCGAGGAGGAGUUUCGGGAAGUGGCUCUGGAAAUGGCGACAUUUAUGAGCCUGAGCGCGGCAGACAUGGACCGGAUCUCACGUUUUCAGCAUAGAAUGGAGUGGAAUCUCCGGGGUCCGGCCAUCAUGGAGGUGAUCGAGGGGCUGCAGGCGGACGUGCUGGGCUUAGAGGAAGUAGACAAAGUGGAGGACGUGAGGGAGCACCUGGAAGCACGAGGCCUGCGGAUGGCCGUGUACAAACAUCGGCAUGCACGGGCAACGGGGGACGGCUGUGCUAUAUUCUACAAUCCCCGUGUUUUGCGCCUGUGCCGGCUCGGAGGCGUUCCUCAGGAGGAGGAGGAGGCGAUUCACGGCGGGGCGCUCGGGGAGAUGGAUGGAAAGGGGCCAAGGGCCGUGGCAGUCGUGCGUUACAGUGCAGAAGCGUACAUGCAGCAGCAGCCAACCGCCAAUGGCAUCCCUGAUUGCCCGACGGCCCGUACGCGUGGGGAGGUCGACGCAGAUGCCUUACCCCUCUUCCGCUCCACAUUAAAGAUGCAGGGGAGGAUCGUGGCGGGCGAGACGAGCGACAAUGGGGAGGGAGGGGCAGAUGAGGCAAGCAUGUUGAAGGGGCAGGGUGGGGAGGAGGGAGUUUCGGAGGAUUUCGUGGAUUCCUGGACCUUCACGGCACCAGAAGGGUUGACCAGAUGCGAGGGAAAGUCGUGGGACGAUUGGGUGGCUGUGGUCGCCUUAUUGGAGCACCGCGCGACGGGGCAACGACUCUUGACCGUGUGCUCGCAGUUGGCCCACUCUCCGGAACUGCGGGCGGCGCCAGGGGUGCGGGCAGUCCAGGUCCGGGAAUUAGAGCGGGCAUUGCGAGAAAUUCGAAAGGUCUGGGGUCUGGUAGAGACGGAGGGAGGGGAAAAGGGGACGGUGGAAAGGCAGGAGCAAAGGAAUCGGGCGUGGGGGCAGGUCCCCACCUUGAUCAUGAUGGACGGAAACGAAGCCCCAUUCUUAGGCCCGGAAGAGCCUUCUUUGGCAAACGAGGGAAGAACUCCGGAUGGGCGGACGGGGGAAACGGAGGUCGAGAGAAAGAAGGUUUACACACCUAUGUAUCUUGCGAUGAGGGAGGAGAUGGGGUAUGUGGACGUUUUGGGGGAGGAGUUCGGUCCCACCAGUAUCACCUUGCAAGGCCGGUCUCGGGUCGACUACAUUUGGGUCACGGGCGAGGGACAAAGAGUUUCCGGAAAAAAAAGUUGGGAGACGGGUGACGGGUUGGCGAUAGGCAAAGAGAGAAGGGAGGGGGUAUUUCUUGAAGAUGUAGAUGUCUCCCCUGUCAUGGAUGUCCGUUUGGCGGGGGAGGAAGGUGGGCAAAUGUUUUUAGUAAGUAAAGGGGAGGAGAGGGAAAAGGCGGUGUACGGUCUGCCACUGCCAGCCGUAGAGGACCAGGAAUGCAUCCCCUCCGAUCAUGUCCCCGUCUCAGCUAAGCUACGAUUUCGGAUUGAGAGGUCCAAGCAUGGUGGAAGUGGAAAGAGUAAUGACAAGCUGGAAGUAUUAAGGGAAAAUUGA